GGCGGCGGCGGCGCAGUCCGGGGAGCUGGGCGGGCUGUCGGCUGUCCCGCGGCGGCGGCGGCUGGGACAUCGCGCAGCUGCAGGCGGCGGGGUGACCGGCGUCUAGUGUAUGAGGGUGCGACUGAGCGCGUGUGCCCAGUUACCAGCACCAUGCCUGUACGCUGGCUAGCCUUUCCCCGGCUCUUGCCGCCGCCACCGCUGCUGCUGCUGCUGCUGCUGCUGAGCGGAGGCAGUGGCUGGGGCUUCGUGUCCUGGGCCCGGGCGGAGGAGACUGGGGAGCCCCUGGUCACCGAGGGAGCAGACAGGGAGGACCCACAUGCCAAGCACCUGUACACGGGAGACAUGUUCACCCACGGCAUCCAGAGCGCCGCGCACUUCGUCAUGUUCUUCGCGCCCUGGUGUGGACACUGCCAGCGGCUACAGCCAACUUGGAAUGACCUAGGAGAUAAAUACAAUAGCAUGGAAGAUGCGAAGGUCUAUGUUGCGAAGGUGGAUUGCACAGCGGAUACUGAAGUGUGCUCUGCACAGGGUGUUAGAGGAUAUCCCACCUUAAAGUUUUUCAAACCAGGUCAAGAAGGUGUGAAAUACCAGGGUCCCAGGGAUUUCCAGACCUUGGAAAAUUGGAUGCUACAGACACUAAAUGAAGAGCCAGCUAUGCCAGAGCCUGAGCCGGAAUUGCCAGCAGCCCCAGAACUCAAGCAAGGACUGUAUGAGCUCUCGGCCGCCAACUUCCAACUACAUGUUGCAGAAGGCAACCACUUUAUCAAAUUCUUUGCCCCAUGGUGUGGCCAUUGUAAGGCUUUGGCUCCAACCUGGGAACAGCUGGCUUCAAGUCUUGAACAUUCAGAAGCUGUCAAGAUUGGCAAGGUUGACUGUACACAACAUUAUGAGCUUUGCUCUGGAAAUCAAGUACGUGGCUAUCCCACACUUCUGUGGUUUAGGAAUGGCGAAAAGAUCGAUCAGUACAAAGGAAAGAGAGAUUUGGAUUCUCUAAAAGAAUAUGUGGAGUUGCAGCUACGGAGUGUUGUAGGGGAAGCCUCAGAAACUAUCGAGGCUGCUGAGGCCCCAGAACUCGCUGCAGAACCCGAGAGUGCUGUGCUCUCUCUCUCUGAAAAGGACUUUGAUAACACAAUUGCUGAAGGAAUAACUUUUGUCAAGUUUUAUGCUCCAUGGUGUGGUCACUGUAAGAAUUUGGCUCCCACAUGGGAAAGCCUCUCCAGAAAGGAAUUCCCUGGCUUGACAGGGGUCAAGAUAGCAAAAGUAGAUUGUACUGUUGAACGAGCUAUUUGCAGCAAAUAUUCGGUACGAGGCUACCCGACAUUGCUGUUCUUCCGUGCAGGAGAAAAAAUCACUGAACACAAUGGAGCUAGGGACCUUGAAACAUUACACAACUUUGUUUUGCGACAGGCAAAAGAUGAACUGUAGAAUCUCAUUUGGGAGCCAUUACCCUGACUGUUCUCCUAUGCCCAACUUGUAGGAGUUAAUUCCCGCUAAUGUUACUGAGUCUCAAAUGGUGGUUAUUUGGAAAACUGAAUGUACUAAAUUUGCGAUA